UGCUAAUGUCUCACCCACGGACGUGGCCAGUCUCAUAUACUUGACGGGAUACUCUCUCAGUCUCGCAGUUUUAUCGCUGGCCGUCUUCGUCUUCUUGUAUUUUAAGGAUCUAAGAUGCUUAAGAAACACGAUACAUACAAAUUUAAUGACCACAUAUAUACUGUCGGCUUGUAGUUGGAUAUUAAAUUUAGCUUUACAAAAUUGGUCCGACGAGGCACAGCAAGAUCAAACGUCAUGCAUGAUCUUAGUUAUAUGCAUGCAUUAUUUUUAUCUAACGAAUUUCUUCUGGAUGCUCGUUGAAGGUCUGUACCUGUACAUGCUUGUUGUGGAAACAUUCACCGCGGAAAAUAUUAAACUCAAAGUAUACACUACCAUCGGUUGGGGUGCUCCGGCGAUAUUCAUCACAAUUUGGGUCGUGUCAAGAUGUUUUGUCAACGUCAUGCCAUCGACUGGACCAGACGGUCUUGCGCUUGCUGGGGAAGCGAAGAUGUGUAUAUGGAUGCACGAACAUCAGGUGGACUGGAUACACAAAGCUCCCGCGCUGGCGGGACUCGCGCUGAACUUAUUUUUCCUUGUCAGGAUUAUGUGGGUGCUGAUUACAAAACUCCGCUCGGCGAACACCCUCGAAACAGAACAAUACAGGAAGGCUACUAAAGCGCUUCUUGUAUUGAUACCAUUGUUGGGUAUCACUAACCUGCUUGUGCUCUGCGGACCUAGUGACGACUCCUGGUUCGCAUACUCAUUCGACUACGCGAGAGCCCUCAUGCUAUCUACACAGGGAUUCACAGUGGCCCUAUUCUAUUGCUUCAUGAACACUGAGGUGAGACACGCGAUCAGGUACCACGUUGAGAGAUGGAAGACUGGCAGAAAUAUCGGAGGAGGGAGAAGGAGGGGAGCUUCAUACUCUAAGGACUGGUCUCCUAGAUCCAGAACGGAGAGUAUACGGACUACAUCACGAGCGGUAGCGCUAGCGGGGAACAGUCUCCGGUUUGAAGCGGGAGGCGGGGGAGGCUCUCGCGCCUUCGCACCCUGUCCGAGGAAGACGCCAACCCUGAAGCGUCCACCUCAGCCUCUCCCGCCUCUACGUCUCCUCUAUGCGCGUCUAUCAACCGACCGGACUCCAACCCAGCCAACUCUUCAACUAAAUGGCCCAACGAAAACUGGCUGUCGAAUGUCCAAAAUACCGACUUCAAAUUCGAACCGCCAGAUGUCAAAAGCGAUGAUCGAUCUUUGAACGACACUCUUUAUUCUGUGAGCCAUUUUGAAAAAUCAAAAGAGCCGAUUUUAAGUUCGACAGCAAACGAACUAUUUUAACUGAUCAACAAAACAAAAUAGAUUGUAAUAAUAACAUUUUUCAUCUUGCUUGUACGUUUGUAUGAUUAGAUCCUACGUACUAAGUUUUUUGCAAAAUAUUUAUCGCAUUAGUUGCACUUACAACUAAUAAAAGUUUUCCCGUUUUGCUUACGAUGUCCAUUAAGUG